AUGGCUGAAGGUGUGGACAGGGACAGUCUUCAGGACUCCCUGGCACAGAACGAAUCUGCACAACCGUUCUGGGAUAACUUCUUCCCGACAACGACUGCUGAUACAACAACGGUACAACCUUCCAUGCAGGUCUGGGGGCACCUGAGGAUCAGUAACCCCUGGCUUCCAGUCCGCUCGAGGAUCGGAGCUUUCUACGCAGCCAACAAGGAACAAACCAUGAUGGCGAUUCACAGGGCUAUAGAGCGCAGAGACCCGUUCAACCCUGACCAGCCAGCCGACCCACAGGUGAUAGUAGAGUUAGAAGGAGCGUCCCUCCUGGUCCCAGUUAUUUUCCACUCCCAGCUUGGCCACGACUACUUCACCUCCAUCCUGAACGGCCCCUUCCUCAAGUCAUGUCUCAAGACAGAGCUGGAGAGAGUCGGCUACAAGGAGCCCAUCUUAGUCACCGCCGAGAAGCAAGGCUUCUCCAACACAUCGUCUUCAAGUCUCGACGAAGAAGUUAAGGACGUCUUGGAGAAAAUGCGACAAGCGACCACACAGCUCUCGGAGCAAUCCAAAUGUCCUCAAGCAGAGAGCAGGGAGACUGACGCGCAAACUUUCACGCCAAGGCAAGAAAGGACUCUGAUUGGUGGAAACGGUUCUGGGAAGAGUCCAUUCGAGUACCCGAGCGGGGUGGCAGUGUCAGAGGAAGGGGAGAUCUUUGUAGCCGACUGCUACAGUAAGAUGAUCCAGGUUUUCGGUGAAGACAGAGCGACAGAAUUCCUGACAACCAUCCACGGAGACGAGACAAUCGAACCGUCAGAUGUGGCUAUAGAUGGAGAGGGGAAACUGUGGGUUGUGGGGUACAGAAAUACGGCAGACUACGCCGUAAGAUACACCAAACAGGGGCAGAGACUUGCCAUGUUCAAGCUUCAAGUUGAGACCGAGUGGUUGCGAGGGAUUGCGGUGGAUGUAGAAAAAAAUCACAUCCUCGUAACACAAACCACAGGAGAGGAACCGAACCUACACGGAGAAGUGCUUGAGUUCAAACCAGAUGGGACUGCUGUGAGGACUGUAGGGGGACAGCAGGGGAUGAAGUACCCACGGUACAUCACUGUGGACGGGGAGGGCAGAAUCCUUGUCUCAGACUCCAACAGUAACUGUAUCUACGUCUACAAGAACGCACAGUUGCAGCUCAAGUUCGGAAACACCGGGAAGAAGAGAGAGAGAAGCGAAGGGAUGCUGGACAACCCUCGGGGCGUCUGUACGGACAGUUCGGGGAACAUCAUCGUGGCUGACAGCGGGAAUUGUCGCGUCAAGAUGUUCGACAAGCGGGGGCGGUUCCUCAAACAGGUUGCCACGGAGACGGCCAGGCCGCAGGUCGUCGCCAUGACGCCACAGGGUCAGCUGGUGGUGACGGACACAGAAGAAGACCUGGUCAUGGUCUUCGAUUCGCUGCUGGGUUCGAUGACAUGCGGUUCAGAGCGAUGCACGACGUGUGACCACUUGGAGGAGGGCGCCACCUUCAGUAGCCAUGCUACGGAGGAAUCCUUCCAAAUGAAAGACAGCAUGACUUGCCGAUCUACUUACGUCAUCUAUCUCCUCUCCUGCAGCAAGUGUGGGAUGCAGUUCGUGGGAGAAACUAAAGAGGAGCUUCGUACGAAAUUUAGCAGUCUUGUAGCCAGCAUCAACAACAACAAGACUUCGGCGCUGGCGAAGCAUUUCAACAGCGCGGGGCACUCGGUGAAAAACGUCCGCGUCCGUCCGAUCGUCCAGAUCGAGAGUCGCGAUGAUCAGUUGAGGAAAGACGAGGAAGCGUUUUGGAUCGAGACGUUACAGACCGAAGCUCCGGACGGGUUGAACCUUCCGAAGAAGGCUGAAGGCAAGAAAAAACUGAGCGACUUUCAGCGAAACUCUCCAUCAUUUCAUCUACCUUAGGAUAAUUGUUAUGAAAUAAAGACUAAGCUUUAACUUCCAACACUUAGAUACAGAAUUGGAACUUACCCAAAUUUUCGA